CUCAAGCGCAACCACGCCUUCAUCACUCACUUGUCUACUCAAAAGUCAGUCGUACUUCUCUUUUUUUUCACGCAGCCAACCCCUUCCCGUCACUUUCUGUUCCCUGUACGUCUCUCUUUUUGUUCUGCUCUUAUUUGCUGAAUCCGGGGCAAAAGGAUGGCAGAGAUGGAGGGCCUCGAAUUUGGGAAGUCAGACUUUGUGCUGCUGGAUGAGGUGACCAUGGAUCAAUUUAUGGAGAAUCUUAAAUUGAGAAAAAGAAACAUCAUGCGGUCUUUUGUGUGGAGACAGGUUUGAGAAAGGUCGGAUUUACACCUACAUCGGCGACGUGGUGGUCUCCGUCAACCCGUAUAAGCAGAUGGACAUCUACGGGAAAGACGCCAUCGACAAGUACCGUGGCCGCGAGCUCUACGAAAACCCACCUCACCUCUACGCCGUGUCCGACGCUGCCUACAAGGUGAUGAAAAGACGAGCCAAAGACACUUGCAUCGUCAUAUCAGGUGAAAGUGGUGCAGGGAAAACAGAAGCCAGUAAAUACAUCAUGCAGUACAUUGCGGCUAUCACAAACCCAAGUCAGAGGGCAGACGUUGAAAGUGUAAAGAACGUGCUGCUCAAGUCCAACUGUGUUCUGGAGGCCUUUGGGAAUGCCAAGACGAAUCGUAACGACAACUCCAGCCGCUUUGGCAAGUACAUGGACAUCAAUUUCAAUUUCAAUGGCGAUCCCAUGGGGGGCCACAUUAACAACUACCUGCUGGAGAAGUCUCGGGUUGUUCACCAGCAGCAAGGCGAGAGAAACUUCCAUUCCUUUUACCAGUUUUUACGAGGCGGAUCAAAGGAAACAAUGGCCUCGUGUCACCUGCAAAGCGAUCCGAGCGCUUACGUGUACACCAAAGAGGGAGCUGCAGCCACUACCUGCAACAACGAUUACUCAAGUCACAAAGCGGUCGUUCAUGCUCUGGAAGUGAUUGGCUUCUCCAAAAAGGAAAUUCAGUCCAUUUAUCAAAUUCUAGCUUCCAUCCUGCAUCUUGGUAAUGUCCAGUUUGGGUGCAAGGAUGAGAAUGUUGAAGUUUUGGACCUUGAAGCCGUGAAGCACAUCUCAGAGUUGACGGGCACAGACGCCGACGAUGUCAUCAAGAGCUUGCUGUACCGCACCGUGGCCACCGGUGGCGGCGACGUCAUCGAAAAGGGACACACGGAAGAGGAGGCCUGCUUUGGGCGGGAUGCUUUUAGCAAGGCUCUCUACGAGAGACUUUUCGGGUGGAUCGUCGGCCGCAUCAAUGACGUCAUUGAGGUCAAAGACUACAACCCAUUGAUUCAUGGGAAAAAUACCGUCAUCGGUGUGCUGGAUAUUUAUGGAUUUGAGAUAUUUGACAACAACAGUUUCGAGCAGUUUUGCAUCAACUACUGCAACGAAAAGCUGCAGCAACUGUUCAUCGAGCUGAUCCUCCAACAGGAACAAGCCGAAUAUAAGCGAGAGGGUAUCCAGUGGCAAGACAUUGACUACUUCAACAACCAGAUCAUCGUCGACCUGGUGGAGCAGCAGCACAAAGGGCUCAUCUCCAUUCUGGAUGAAGCUUGUCUCACUGUCGGGAAGGUCACAGACACCGUGUGCCUGGACAGCAUGGACGUCAAAUUGGCGCACCACCCCCACUACACCUCCCGAAAGCUCACCCCGACCGACAAAACCAUGGACUUCCAGAAGCAUUUCCGGAUCCGCCACUAUGCCGGAGAUGUCACAUAUUCCGUCGAGGGCUUUUUGGACAAAAACCGAGACCUGCUUUUCCAAGAUUUCAAGCGCCUCAUGUACCACAGCUCCAACCCAGUGAUGAAGGAGAUGUGGCCCGAUGGUCAACUCAGCAUCACGGAGGUCACCAAGCGACCGCAAACGGCAGCCACCCUCUUCAAAAACUCCAUUGUCGCCUUGGUGGAUAAACUGGCCUGCAAGGAGCCGUAUUACGUGAGAUGCAUCAAGCCAAACGAGCUGAAGUCCCCGUUGCUGUUUGAUGACGCUCGCUGCCAACAUCAGGUGGCCUAUCUGGGUCUGCUGGAGAACGUCAUGGUGCGCAGAGCGGGUUUCGCCUACAGGCAGCCCUACGCUCGCUUCUUGCAGAGGUAUAAAAUGACGUGCGAGUACACUUGGCCCAAUCACAUGAUGGCUUCCGACCGGGAGGCCGUGGAGGCCAUCGUCAAACAGCAAGGUUUCCAAGGCGACGUGGCGUACGGCCACACCAAGCUUUUUGUGCGAACGCCUCGAUCCCUCUUCACUUUGGAACAGGAGCGAGCCGCCCUCAUCCCCAUCUUGGUGCUUUUCUUACAAAAGGUAUGGCGGGGGGCUCUGGCUCGUAUGAGGUGCCGGCGGAUGAGGGCCAUUUAUGCCAUCAUGGGCUGCUUCAAGCGCUACAAGGUCAAGGCCCACUUCUGCGAAGUGAAGCAGCGCUUCGCCAACGUCAGAAACAUGGCCGACUACGGAAAGAGCGUCGAAUGGCCGACUCCGCCUGCCGCCCUGAACCGGUUUCACGCCAUCACGGUUGCGUUGCAUCGCAGGUGGUGGGCGAGACAGAUGGUGAAGAAAAUCCCGCCGUCAGACGUGCUCGAGAUUCGAGCCAAAGUCGCCGCUCUGACUGCUCUUGGCGGGGAGAGAAAAGACUGGGGCUGCAGCAGAGCCUGGGAAAGAGACUACCUAGCCAAUGUGCGAGACUGCCCUCGAUCCAGUUCCAGCUUUGCACGCAUCUCCCGGGAGCUGAGGAACAAAGACGAGUACAAUCAAGUCCUUUUCUCGGGCUUCUGCCGGAAGGUGAAUCGGUUCAACAAGAGCACCGACCGCGGCGUGCUCGUCACAGACGGGUGCUUCUACAAAUUAGAGCCAAAGAAACAAUUCAAGGUCCUUAAGAGAAUUCCUUUGGACAGCCUAACGGGACUGAGCGUGACCAGCGGGGUCGACCAGAUGGUGGCGCUGCACACCUCCUCACAGGACGACGUUCUGCUGUGUCUCCAAUGUGGGGAACUCUGUCCCAACCGGGACCGUGUCGGCGAGCUGGUGGGAACGUUGGUGGACCACUUUACACGCGAAAGAAAAACCUCAUUAGCCGUGAAGGUGUGCCCGUCGGGCAUCCGGCUACACAUGCGUGGCAAACCAAAGACUGUUACCGUGGAAGCCAAGGAGGGACUAACUCAUGCCGAUUUCAAGAAGAGCAAAGAAGGUUUCAUUCUACUGGUUCCGCCCAAAUGAGACUUUUUAUCCAGUCAGCUGCCAGAACGAGAUUCUCCUCCAAACUUGGGUACCCUCUAGUUGAACAUGCUAACAAAUGUGAUAGUUUUGAGCAUUUAGAAGAUAUUCGAACUGUGAAACGUUUUCCUGAAAUAAGUAUCAAGUUUAACGGAAUAAAUUGUUUUCAACGGUUCGUGCGUGUUCGAAUGUCGACCCGCAAUUCGUUCUGUAAAUUACAAAAUUUGUUUCCCAAGAAUGCACCCAUGUCAUGUUUAGGGUUUUCCUAUAUGCAGUCCACUCAAGUUACAAUAUCUGGUGUUUAGGGGAGAGGGGAAAAAAAAAACCCCAGUUGGAUUUAUCUUGAAAUCCAAAGCAUCCGCUGAAAGCGUGCGAUGGAGCUCACCGACUGCACGAAAGUGGCCGAAAUGACGCAAGAGUUAUUUCCUGUCUUGUCCCUUUGGUGUCCUCCGGAUUAGAUCAGAAUCGUCGCAGGAGGUUUCGGUGCAGGAAACAAAUAACGUAACGACUAUUUAAAACAAACAAUUACAAAAAAAUACAUGUAUGAUUAGGUCACAACCAUUGCCAAUCUUCAAUUUAACGUCCACAAUGUUAUUCAUCACGUGCAAAAUAUUCACCAAUAUUUGCUCACAUUUUCCCAGUGUCACGAUGAAACUGUAACUCAGAGCCUUGGAAUCGUUUCAUUCUUUGUGUGACGUUUGGCUGCCGCCUCCUUGCCCGGAUGCUUCAUUGUCUCGUCGCUUUAUACAAAUCGAAGUCGUCGAGCGCUAAUCGAAUUAAUCAGGCCCGGCUGAUUGUUGAUGCAAUCACUUAAAGCGCCGUAGCAAUUCCAUUACAGAGAGGCCGGCACCUGGCCUCUCCUCUUUUUUGGGAUUACCCGUCGCGCAACUCGGAUUUCGUAAUGAGUUGGAGAGGAUUUAGCGUUGGAUGUGUCCCAGAGAUGUUUUUUUUUUUUUUUUUUUGCCCCUAAAUCCUCUCAGGGGGCAGACCCGCCGCUGCUUUGGAGAGCCCAGCAGGUUUUUCCUACAUCUCUCCAUUAUCAGACCCCAGGGGAGGUCACAUGUUGGAGAUUACAGUAACAUGAGGGGCGGAUUGCUUAUUCUCUCCAAACUAACGUGGCGACAGACCGGAUGCGCACUAAUCUGGACAUAUUUGAGAAACCAAUUGAACAAGAACGAUCUGAAACUACACAUAUAAAAUUGUUAAUUAUUAACAUCAGCUUCGGGGGGGGGGGGGUUAUUUUAAAUUUAUUUUGGUAGAGUUGUUACUAUUAUUUUUUUUUGUUGCUUUUAUUAAUCUUAUUCUAUCUGCCAGCCGUUAGCCGCUAAUGUCGGCCGGCGAACUGGUGCCAUAUGUAAGGCGCAGUAAAGUAAAGUCGGAUGCCAAUUUCAACAAUGUGUUAACAGCUGAGCUAGCUGCUAGCCAUUAGCCGCUAAUGUCAGCCGCCGAACUGGUGCCAUAUCUAAGGCGUAGUAUAAAGUCGGAUGCCAACUUCACCAGUGUUCACAGCUGAGCUAGCUGCUAGCCGUUAGCCGCUAAGUCAGCCGGCGAACUGGUGCCAUAUGCCAGGCGUAAUAUAAAGUCGGAUGCCAACUUUCAACAAUGUGUUAACAGCAAAGUCGCGACAAUUUGUUUGCUUGUCAUUGCUGAUUAUUUAAUAACAGUUUAUUCGUAACUAAAGCGGGCAGGAAAUGGCUAACGUGUCACAUUCUCUGUGAGUAGAGGUGAUGUCGAACAUUUUUUUUAAUUGAAAAAAAUAAUUCAUAGAUUUAAAUUAACAGCAGCAGUGUGCACAUUUAAAAUGUUUUGAGAUCUUGGGAUUCAUUAGAGGCUUAUCUCAUAAUCGUUUAGUUCUCAAUUAAACCAGAGGUGUCCAAACUUUUUCGUUUGAGGGCCGCAUAUAGAAAAAUGGAAGGGUGACCCCCGAGCUUUAGUUUGGACACCACCUAAUUAAACUGAGCUGAGGUCUGAUAAAGCAAUAUUUGCAAAUAAGUCACUUUCUCAAAGCAUUUUAAGACUGGCGGGAAAGACAUGAGGUGCACAACUGUGAAUAUGCUUCAAUGUGAAAUAGGUGGACAGGUGUUGCGGGCACCCCUCUGCUCAGUCUAGUGCUAAAUGGGCACAUAAAACCCCGGCGCUCUAUCCGGUGUCCCCGUUUUAAUGUCAGAAAAAUGGCGUUGGCGCUCUGCAGGGUUCCUUCACGUUUUCAAAGCUGCACGCCCCCUCCAUGGCACUUUGGAGGUCGGCAACACCUGAGUUGACAGCGGGGGGGGGUUGACGGCACAGACAAGCCCAGAUGGAGCACAGCCCUCCUCACAGGGCGCUAAAAGGCCAUCUGCACCCCGGGCCACUGUGAGGCGAGCCUUCAAGCUAUUUUCUGCCUCUCAUGAAUCCACGUGCAAACAAAUUGGCACGAUUGCAGACGGAGGUUUGAUUUCACUUGUGCAGAUGCAAUAAUAUUCAGACAUCCGAGUUGUAUUUCCGCUCCGUACUUUAUUAAAUACUCCAUAUAGUCAACAGUGUCAUCAUGAAGAAAAAAAGGGGGGGGAAUGUUUUGCCUUCGACACACUCUUAGUGACUUUAUGAAAGUUUAUUCGGGUUAAUGUGCUUCUUUGUUUUAGCGGGAAGUUACGGAGGAAGGUAACCAUAAACCCAGAGCGACCCAGCCGGGGCUGGGGGGGGAGAUUGUGAAACUCGACAGUUAUGUUAUAUUUGUUUAUUGUCUCCGUUUUAACAUCUGCCCACUGUUGCCCCAUGUGCUGCCGUAAACAAAAACUUGUGAGACAAUCUGUGUGUAUGCAGGCUGCCCGGAGCUGCCUGAGACAAACACCGCCAAGUACAAUGGCCAUCUUUGUGUCACCAUCUGCUGCACUGAUGAGAAGAAAAAAAAAAUCUAUUGAUAGCCACUUACUUGAUCAAUUUGAUAACGUAUGACUUCAAAAGGCACCAGAGGGGAUUGCCACAUAAAACAUCAUUCUAAACCCCACCCCAGAAUGAUCUCCAUCUAAAUUUAAAGUCAUGUGAGAUUGUUUAAAUCAGAAUUUUGCCCGAAGAAAUCAAAUGCUUUUCAAUUUCAAGAGCUGGAACAAAUAACUUUUUUUUUUUUUUUUUUUUUUUGGAACCAGUGUUUCUUAGCAUGAGCAGUGAUGAUAAUUCCUAAUGGAUGUUGACAACAUGCUCCUUACAAAAAAAUAAAAAAUAAAUUAAAAAAGAACCAA